AUGCUUCCCUAUGCAUGUCGACGAAACUCCGAGUUGGCGGAGAGCGGAGCCAGUGCGACGGAUUUCUCCAAUUUGUUUCAAGCUGCAAUGCCACUGGCGCUGGUGGCACCAGCACACCUCUAUGUGCUGAACCGAUCUUAUGGCAGGCAUUCAUUGGUGAUUAUGUCUCCGAGUAUGGGCGCAUCUUCACUGCUUUGCAACGUCUUGACCGGUUACCUCCUCUAUGGCGAGGUGCCCAUGGCCGCCAUCGAAUUCAGCGUGGGAAUUGCUUUGAUUUGCUUGGGCAUCUUGUCGCUGAUGACCUUACGCUCCAAGUCCUCCACGGUCCUGGCGCAGCGUUUCAACGCCGCUGUUUUUUUGCGCUGUGUUUGGCCACGCUCUGAGAUGUGGCCACAGGUCAGUUGCGUGGUAGAUGCCAAUCUGGACGCGAAGGCAUGGGCCAAUAUCACUUCGCUAUCAGAGAAAGAGGUCUUUCUUCAGGCCUUGGUCAAAGAGCUGCAUGGCUCGGUGGUGAGUGAUGCUGGUUUGAAAAGCUACGCAUUGGUGGCACCCAGCGAGUACAACCUCCUGUUGAGUCAGUUGAAGACACAACUGUGGCUCUGCGGCGGCGACACAGGACGCCCAUGUGAUGCGCCUGUCGCGAAUUGGCAAAACGUCGUCGGUGGCAAAGAUCCCCAGAAGACGGCGGCUUUUGCGCAGAAUUUGCUGCGCUGGCGCGGAAUGGAGGUCUCGGAUGAACAGGCAUUCUUGGCCUGGGCCAGGUCGCCGCCAGAAGACCUGAACGCUGCACUGGACCAGCACCUUGGCAUCCUUGGACCCCAGCGUCGCAAGGCUAAAGGGUGCGAGCUUCGUUUGUGGUGGCAGCCGACCGUGCAGAAACUCAGGGAACCAGAAUACUCGAGUCAUUCGCAAAAACCUUCAGCUUCGCCAUGGAUGUCGCAGCUCAGUGCCGGCUUGGUGGAUUUCUCAACUCCAGCCCUAAGAGAUGAAGCCAUCGAACUUCUGGUGGCCGCCUUUAAUGAUGAACCCAGUUUCCGCUGGGUUGUUGGCACUGAAGCGGGAUCAGAGGGGCAAUACCUGCGAUACGUUCGCUGGUUGGCCGCCUUAGCCGUGCAUGUGAUUCUAGCAGUGCGUGGGCUCUCUUUGGCUGUCCGAGAGGACGGAGAGGAUGGAGAGGACCAAAUGCUGGGUGUGGCCUUGUUGAUACCACCUGAAACACGCUUGGAGGAUGUGGGUCUGGCCGAGCUCACGAAGACGUCAGGUGUGGGUCUUCCACCUUUUCAUCGAAGUUUUCGAUCAAAGAAGGUGCAGGUUUCUUGGGGCCGCGCGGCCCGUCGCCGUGAGCGGGCAUUGAGUACCAUUACCAGAGAUACGCAUCGACAGCUGGCAAACAUGCCGCAUUGGUAUUUGUGGUUUCUGGCAGUGAAACCCCACGUCCAAGGUCGGGGGGUUGGAACUCUGCUCCUGGAUGAGAUCCAGAAGUUGCAGGAUCGCGAUGUGUUCCCUUGCUACCUGGACAGCGGGUGGGUGUAG